AUAAAAAGCCACCAGAAGUCACAGUUUGCUUGAGUUACUUGAGAGAGAAACAAUUCAUCUCAUUACUACGGGGAGAGAAGCUCUUGGGUCAAAAUUUGUGACUGUGAGUUCGCAAAAGCUAGUUACAACAUGCGUAUUUUAGUUGCUCUGUGCUUUUUUGGUUUCAUGCACGGAUUUGCGGACAGUUCUGGGGAGUAUUGUCACGAAUGGGCAGAUUCGUAUAACUUUUGGCACAGCGGUUUCCAGUGCCCGGAGAAAUACGACGGUCCAGACGCAAAGUACUGCUGUGGUACUUGUGCGCUUCGUUACUGUUGCACCGCAGCUGAGGCGAGAUUGGACCAGAGCUCCUGUGUGCAAGAAACCGUUUUGGAUCGAGACAAUCACGAAAAAAACAAAGAAAUUGCACCUAAAGUGCCCACUUAUCUACCAUUUUUGAUAGUUGUGAGCACAUUCUUAUCCUUUGUGCUAAUUGGCACCAUUGUGUCCAUAUGUUGUUGCCAUUGUCUGAAGCCCAAAGGACAGGAUCAUCAGAAUGUUUCAGCGCCCAUCCAGACUGGCCUGUUGGACGCUGCCAGAAUGUCCCCUGAGAGCAUGACUCCAUCUCGCGAGUCCAGCUCAAGUUCCACCUCAACUGUUAGAUCGACCACGUUACCAAGAGAACCAAAUACAUUCACACUUGGCUCCGAGGUCAACAUGAGCAUGUAUGCGCCUUUGAGUAACGGAUAUCCAGUCUCAGGAUCCCAGUCCAAUCAUUAUCUACAUCACGCACAGCCGCCUGGACCUUUUUAUCAGCCCUACAUGAACUAUGGAAUCCCUCCAGAACAUCCAAUGCUAAUGGCGCAAAACUUUGUUGAUAAUCGACCAGUGUACGGACCGUCGCUAGUCCGUCCUAUUCCUCAGACACGUAUGCACACAGAAAAGUUAUAUACUGGCGUAACAAUAUGAAACAAAUACCCUGACACUUGAGA